GUGAUACGGACUUAUACCCAUUGAUAAUUGAGGGUAUAACACAUUUAAAGUACACACAUUGAUAAUUUAACACCCAGUGGCGUCAACACGCAAGUGUCAGUAUAAAAUGACGCAUAAUCUCACUGACGCAGAGAAGGAAUUCCUAGAAUACAAUUGGGAAAAUUCAAACGAUUGGAAGCAUUAUUACAAUAACCUAUUUCCAACACCACCGCCUAAUAAAGUACCCAAAUAUAAACGAACCUGGUUUAAACGCCAUGUAAAUCCAAAACUACCUGCGGAUUCAACUGUCGGAGAUAUCGAAUACACAAGUACUAACAAAUCUACAACUGCAACAGAAGACAAUAACAAGAAGCCAACUACAACCAAUAACGCAAAGACCACCAUGUCGUUUACCAUGACAAUAGAUUUACUAGUCAAGCUGGAAUUGGCAGCCAGGCUUGUUUUCAUCGCCUCAACAGUGAUACUGGUAUUCUUCAGACUAGCCAAAUUGAUUCCCCCGAGAAUACUAUUGCCCGUUGGAUUCGCUUACAUGACGAGCUUCUUCAUGUUCUUGUUGAUCGCCCUAUUCAAAGACAAGGGGAAACCGUCAUGGUCCAUUGAAUACGCAAGAAUACUCCUGAUGGAUGAUAAUCUACACUACCUGACAUAUGGACUCUCUAUAAUCAAUACACCAAAGACACUAGUCAUCAUGGGACCACAGCUCCUGACAUGUCUACUGGGACUACAAAAACUACACAGGCAGUACAAUAAGUAUAUCCCGAAAAACAUGAUACCCGAUAGUAUCAAGCCAUUAUGGCAACAGCUGGAUAAACAUACUGUAAAUAUACUUGGAAUACGUGGAACUAUGGAAGCGGCAAUAUUGUUUCACAUGUUAUUUGCAAUGUUUACAAGCGUGUCGAGCAUUAUGAGCCUGGUGUUGUACACCAACUUCAUCAAACUCAAGGUGGCAAUGAACGAUGUCUACCUUAUAGGUGCAUUCUCCCAGCUUAACAGCGUGAUCUGGAAAGUUAUUUCACACCCAUCGGUACCUUCCUUCGUACAAUCUGGAUACAGCAAUUUGACCAGGACUGUGCUGAAAUACUUCCAACCACAAAGGAGGUGAUAAUACAAUUAAAUCUACUUGUAUACUAAAGUUUGCAAUGCAAUCGUGCAGCGCAGGCAAUAAUUUAUUUCAAAAACAG